AUUUCUCCGAAACUGCUGAGCUUCGGAUCAUAGUUAACUAGGACUUUGGCAAAGUUUAUUACACGAAUAGCCGAACACCCUGUAUAAAUUGUAUACUUAUACCUCUACCAAUUCAUUUAGGGUAAUCUCUGUAAUGCCCUUUUGGUUGGCAUGUUGUUGGUGCCACCUUGGUCAUGAAAGUUUUUACGAGAUGAUUAUCCUCUUUACCUAUAAUUGUCAAACAUUGAUUUCAAGUAGAAAAAUACGGCAAAUUCUUAAAAUUUCGCAGAAAUACGGUAGAUUUAGUUCAAAUACGUUAUGAUUGUAAUUAAUUAUUAUACAGAAACAAGAUUUUAAAAUAAUUUUUUCCCCGAUUAUGAUUAUAUUCCGGCACCGUCUCGUCGGCCGGAAUGGCUCGAUUUUCCACAUCCACCGAGAUUUCCAUUUAAAUUAAACGUUCGAACCGGUUAAAAUCCUGUUUAUUUUAUCAGCCAAGGGCAGAAAUUGGAAUAAAGGAGGCGCAUGCCACGUGCCUUGCGGCUGUGCGAAGUGCCGGCUCCGGAAAUCGAUGAAUAAGGGCAAAAUGGAGUUCGAAGAGGAUCCUCUUCAGGAAAUUCCCCCAGACGAUAUCCACCACCUCUUGGCCACGCUCAAGAAGGAUUUUCCAAGAUCUAUACACGUAUAUUCUUUCAUAACUAUACUACUUAAGUGGAAAGAAAAAAUCGAUCAUUACCCUAUAAAAAUUUUUGCCCCAGGCGGUAACUAUAAAAAUGGGGCGAUUUUCUUCUACAUAAUUUUUAAUUGUAGGCUGGAUGGCACACUUUAUACUUGGACGGAAGAAGGAAAGGUCUUGUUAGCAAAGUCAAUAACAGAGACGAAACGAAUCCAAUGGUUCAAGUACAAAAUAAUGUUCACCGGAAUGCCAGAAGACACUUGGAAUGCGAUAGAACCUUUGACGAAGCAGAUGUGGAAAAGUCAUGGAAUUAAGUUCAGAACUUCCUUGGAUAAGGUCUUCUGGCUACCUUCCAGUUUAGCCAAAGAAAUUCAAAUCAUCACUCCAGAAGGAUUUCAGUUAGGCAACUUGAAGGAAGAGCAUGCCGAACUAAUAAACAACCUCUGGCCCCACAAACACUCGGAAUCUUUUAAACUGAUAAUAAACACAAUCAAUUAUAAUUUCGGGCUGGGUGUAUUCGAUAAAAACAACCAUCUGGUCGCCUGGGCUCUAUACUGGUUUUAUGGUGGAAUCGGCAGCGUCCACACAGUAAGUGAACACAGAAGGAAAGGCCUCGGGAAGAUGGUCGUAAACGCUAUAACUAAAAAACUAGGAGAUCUCGGCAUUGAUGUCCACCUGAACGUCCUAAGAGGGAACAUGACGGGAGAAUCGUUUUUUGAAAGCAUAGGAUUUUUACACGCAUACAAUGGUCUUUGGGCCUACUCACAGCCUGAUAAAUAAAAACACUCCUAUAAUUAUUUUCAACAAAAAUCAGGAAACAAAAGGGAAAAUAUAGUAAAAAAAAGUGAUAGUAAAAUGGAUUUGUGAUCUUACUUCUUCCAUAAAACAUCCAAAGGGAACAAUCUGCUGUAGAUAAACAGAACCAACAAUAAAUAGAUAUAAACAUGUAAAUUUUGUUAAAUAGUAAAUUUGUUAAAAAUGUUUUUCAUUUUUUCAAGCGAAUGUUAGUGAUAAACAAAAUGUGAUAGUUAUUAGA